CAACAUUGCGAUUCCCACGAAGUUGCGUGCAAGAAGAAGUUUUUCCUUUUCGGCCGACUUCCUGGCGAUACGCCAAAAAGGAUGCCACAGGACUCACGAUGACUUCAGUGUAUUUUCUGAUUUCGCAACGAUUCGAACGUGAACGCGGCUGGAAAUAGAGGAAAUAGAAGGCCAGAAAAGGAGUAACCCGCUCGAACGCGCUCGCGUGAACUUCGUUGAGAGCCCGAGUCCAGUCCUGUCGGGGAGUAUCCUCCGUGUGCGAAUGCAGUUUCAGUCGAAUACCGUCGCCCGCCUGCAAUGGAUCGCCUGAAUGCCCAACGACGAGGCCACAGCCUUGGACGACGGCCGUUCGCCAAGUAGAGCGCGAGAAUUUGAACGUGGGAAAGUCGUUCGCAGGAUAUGUCACCGGAAAUGUUCACCACCGGCCCACCACCGCGUGUCCUGCCCAUCUCUCUGAAUCCAAGUGUUUCCCCAAGUGCCAGUGCCUAAGAAAAAGAUAUAUAAACGGAAGCAAAAGAACCACAAAAAAACAACAGCCGAAAAGCGAAUGAUGAUGUUGGCCAUGCCCAUGCCCAUGCCCAUGAGGCUGAUGAUGUCAUGCCAUUGCCUUGGCCAUUGUCCUGGCCAAAGUGAAAGUGUUGUUGUUGCCGCUUUUCCGGCCACGGUUGACACAUGAGUCGCCCCGGCAGUCUUGUGCCAUUAUCCCUCAAGUGAACAGCCUCAUAAUUAACUGCCAAGGUUCUCAAGAAGGGAUAACACGAAAGUCCAAGUGAAAUAAACUCAAAAAAAUCUACAACAGAAAGCAAUUUCAGUGAAAUUAACCAUCAACCAUUAACCAUUAAGGAUUAAGGAUUAUAACUGAAUAAAGGAUAACCCACUACUGGAGCUAUGGAUACUUUGAUAGUCGUCUGCUCGCUGCUUCUGCUGCUCCUCUCACAGAAUGCUGCAAUCCUUGGACAUCUGGAAGGCAACGCAUCCCCCGUCUCGUCUUCGCCUCCGUUGAGGCUGCAGCCAUCGACGCCAUCAAUAACGCAUUUUGUAAAUGACUCCUUCAUCAUCUUCUGCCAGACAGUACAAAAGGAUAUCGACACCAAGUGGCGUGAUCCCCGCGGCCAAACCCGUGAGAACACCAAGGGUCGAGUGCACAUCGAAAAGAAGACGGGUCUUCUGGCUCUGGUCUUUGAGCACAUCUCGUUGGACGACAGGGGCAACUGGACCUGCGAAGUGAAUGGCUAUGGAAAUGGCAACCAGAAUCGGAAUGUGAAUACCGAGCGCGAGUUCUUUUCCUCCUUUGAACUUCUCGUAAAUCAGAAAAUCUCAUUUGGCAAAACGGAACAAGUGCAGUCGGUGCGGGAAGGACGCGACGCGAUGGUCAAUUGCUUCGUGGAGGGUAUGCCAGCACCGGAAGUCUCUUGGCUCUACAAUGGCGAAUACAUAAACACUGUGAACUCGUCGAAGCACAAUCGCCUGUCGAACGGUCUGUACAUCAGGAAUGUCAGCCAGGCGGAUGCCGGGGAGUAUACGUGUCGUGCCAUGCGUAUAACACCAACUUUUUCGGAUUCCGAUCAAAUAACGAUAUUGCUAAGGAUACAACAUAAGCCCCACUGGUUCUAUAACGAGACGCUGCUCGUGCAGUACGCGUAUGUGGGCGGCGCCGUCAAUCUCAGCUGCGACGCCAUGGGCGAACCGCCGCCAUCAUUCACCUGGCUGCACAACGGCAAGGGCAUCCUGGGCUUCAAUCAUCGCAUCUUCGUGGCCGACUAUGGGGCCACGCUGCAGCUGAACAUCCGGAAUGACAGCCAGUUCGGGGACUACAAAUGCAAGGUGGCCAACCCGCUGGGAAGCCUGGAGCGUGUGAUCAAGCUGUUGGCGGGGGCCAAGCCCAUGGGGCCCACACGCUUCCAGCUGAAGCGCCUCUUUGCGGAUGCCUUUGAGCUGGAUCUGCGCACGCCCCGCAUGACCAAUGUCUCCGAUGAGAUGCAGAUCUUUGGCUACCGGGUGGCGUACAUGAGCGAGGGCGAGUUCAAGUUCAGCGCCGGCAACUGGAGCCAUGCCAAACAGCGGGAUUUUUCAUUUCAUAGAGGCCAGCGUUUCAUCAUUUCGCAUCUGAAGGGGAACACCACGUAUCUGAUGCGCGCUGCCUCCCGAAAUCUGGCCGGACUCAGUGACUGGAGUGGCGUGAAGAUCUUUGCCACUGCCGCCGCUCGCAGCUGGUACCCGUCCCCGUAUCCGGUGUACGCACUCAUCCUUGCUUUGAUUUAUGCAUAGAGCUUGUACCAAAUCCAAUACCCGUACCCAAUCCCAAUACCCAUCCCAAAUCCGAACCCGAUCUUGUUAAUGUUGCUGCUGAGUUCCCUAUUUUUUGUAUCUUCUGUGAUAGAACUUUGUGUGUGCAAUUCACUUAAACCUAAACCUAAACCUUAACCCAAAAUCGAGAGAAGUACGACGAAUUAUUAAAGAAAAUGCUUUUUAUGCUAUAUAAAUAUAUAUAGAGAAUAUGUUCCGCCUAUUGCCAAUUUUUGCUGCCAACUUUCCAUUCAUCAAUCACAUUUUUUGUACGUUUUUUAAGAGGGAAAAACCACAAAAUCGAUUAUAUUAACGAAAGAAAAUGAAGGAGGCGGAAAACGAUGUUUAUGGAGAGGCGAAUCCUUACGAUACAUACAAUACAUAUGCAUUGUCAACUUUACCUUAUAGUUAAAUAUGAAAAUGCCCAACUCUACAUAAAUGUUGUUCAAGCUAAAACUAAACCGAUAAAACUAUGUAAACCGAAACAAAAAAACUUUGAUGAAUUUUACAAACAACCGAAAGAAUGAAUGUCCAAAUUAUUGAUAAAAAAAAACACACAAAAAACAUAUAAAAAAACCAAAGCAAAUCAAUAAUAGUAAAUGGAUUCAAAUUAGCUUAAUUGAAAUGAAAAAACGAGAAACAGA